AUUAAUCGAAAUUCAGAAGAAAAAUGUUUGGUAUCAGAAAGAAUUAAAUUAGCUAGACGAACCUGCUAUUCGCUAAUGGGUGCAGGUAUGCACGGAUAUAAUGGAGUCAACCCAAAUAUAGUCAUCAAACUAUGGAAUACAUAUGUUCGCCCACGAUUAAUUUUUGGACUAGACUGUGUAACACUUAGCAGAAAGGAAUUGGAUGAAUUGAACUUUUUUCACAAAUCACAACUUAAAAUUCUGCAAAAUUUGCCAGAACGAACCGCUGAUGCAGCAAUAUAUAUUCUGUCUGGCCAAAUGCCAAUAGAAGCGUUUUUACAUAGACAAAUUUUAGUGAACUUUGGUAACAUUGUGCGAAAUAAUGAUAUAGAGAAGGAGAUUUGUAUUAGACAACUUGUGAUGAAGGAUAACACCUCUCAUAGCUGGUUUAUAUAUGUGGACGCUAUACUCUCAUUGUAUGAAUUUGAAUCUAUUUUUGACAUUUUAAACUCGAUUCCAAAUAGAGAAAGCUGGAAAAUCUAUGUGAAACAGAGAAUAGAAACGUUCUGGAAACAGAAGAUAACGAAUAUGGCAGAAGGCAAAUCUACUCUUCGCUUCUUGCAUCCUAUGUCAAUGAAUUGUGGAACUGUUCAUAACGUUUGGGCCAACACAGGACUUGACUCUAUUUCUAUUAUGAAAGCUAAUGUAAAAGCUAGAUUACUUACAGGAGUGUAUACACUGCAAUCAAAUCGUAGUAGAUUUAACAAGUAUGAAGUAAGUGCGAUAUGUCCAUUGUGUAUGGAUGAGAUCGAAGAUACUGAACAUUUCUUGCUACAAUGUGCUAGUACAGAUACUGUGAGGAAUGAAUUUAUUCCUAAGCUAAGAACUCUGCUUUAUGACUUUAAUCAUGAAAUAGGAAAUUUAGUCUUCUCAAACAAUUCAAUGCUAUUGAGAGUGAUUUUGGAUGUCUCUAGUCCACAAGUUCCAAUAUUAAUACAGACGUUCUUAUUUAUGGAGAAAAUUGAGGCCAUAACACGAGGAAUGGUAUUUGCCUUGCACCAUAAAAGAUGUUCUAUACUGGAUGAAGUAGGAGAUAUAAGGCUACUGGUGCAGUGUAAAAGGAAAUCCGAGUGAAGUACCAAUAAAAAUGUGCAUAUUGGUCAGUUUUGAAUGAACAAUACAAAGUUGAGUUAUGUGCUGAGUUACAAACUGUCACAGUAACAUUGAUAAUUUGGUGGUACACGAAGUGUUUUAGAUUUUAGUAUAUGCCACAGUGCAUGAACUUUUAAAGUAAUAUACAUUGAUUAGUGUAUAAUUGACAUAACAUGUGUGAUUUAUAUGGAGCACAGAUGUAUAUAGUAUGGUGAUGGAACAGUUUCCUGCACGUCUACAAAAAUGAUUUAACAUUAAGUUAUUUUAAAGUUUAUGUUUUGAAUUGAGCUCUGGCUGGGAUCGCAGCCUUAGCUCAUUUUGGAUAAGACCAACUGCCGUUGCGUUGUAAAUUGGUGGUGGGUACGCCAGGCUGUGUUGAUAUCCUUUAUACCAGUAUCUAGGACAAUAUAUUUUAGGCGAAAUAAUACUGGUUUGUGCACCGAUCAUAUAUUCACUGUACAAUAUUCCUGCACAUGCACACAGUUGCUUACAGUAUACAGUAAUCAGUUGCUUAUCCGUGCUACACUACAAAAGUAGUGGUACUCCAGACAGUGGAGGAAAGAAUUAUAAAGA